AUGCGCGAAGAGAAUGAAGAGCUCAAGAGGAAACGACUCUUCUGGCAAAGCCGAAAGCGAGGAAUCACAGAAAACGAUCUUCUCUUGGGAACAUUUGCCGAUCAGUACUUGGCCGACUUUACAAUGGAUCAGAUGCUGGCUUACGACCGCAUUAUUAACAGCACUGUAUACGAUCCGACCGUGACAGAAUGGGAUUUGUACUACUGGUUCGUCGAGGAACGCCCCUACCCAGAAGACUUGAUCAAGGACUCAGAGCUGACUGCUGCGUACGCUCACGAGGAGAUUCCCGGCGUGCGUGAUAUGAUGCAGAUGAUCAUCGAACACUCCAAAAACAAGAAGCGAGAUAUUAUUGUCCAACCGAAAUUCAAUAAGGCCUUUGUUUAA